CAAGGCUCAGGCCGGGGCCGGGGCCAAGAGCCGACCCAAGAAGAGAGAGGGCGUCCACCUGCCCACCACCAAGGAGCUGGCCAAGCGGCAGCGCCUGCCGUCCGUGGAGAACCGGCCCAAGAUCGCCGCCUUCCUGCCUGCCCGGCAGCUCUGGAAGUGGUUCGGCAAGCCCACCCAGCGCCGCGGCAUGAAGGGCAAGGCCCGCAAGCUCUUCUACAAGGCCAUCGUGCGCGGCAAGGAGAUGAUCCGCAUCGGGGACUGCGCCGUGUUCCUGUCGGCCGGCCGCCCCAACCUGCCCUACAUCGGCCGCAUCCAGAGCAUGUGGGAGUCGUGGGGCAGCAACAUGGUGGUCCGCGUCAAGUGGUUCUACCACCCCGAGGAGACCAGCCCGGGCAAGCGCCUCCACGAGGGCCAGCACUGGGACCAGAAGUCCGGCCGCAGCCUGCCCGCGGCCCUGCGGGCCUCCAGCCAGAGGAAGGACUUCAUGGAGCGCGCCCUCUACCAGUCCUCCCACGUGGACGAGAACGACGUGCAGACCGUGUCGCACAAGUGCCUGGUGGUGGGCCUGGAGCAGUACGAGCAGAUGCUCAAGACCAAGAAGUACCAGGACAGCGAGGGUCUGUACUACCUCGCGGGCACCUACGAGCCCACCACGGGCAUGAUCUUCUCCACCGACGGCGUGCCUGUGCUCUGCUGAGCGCCCAGCGCCCUGCCGGCCGCCUCGCGCCCCGAGGGCCAGCGGGGGCCCCUUGCCAUCACUGCCACGUCUCGGGGGCCACGUGCGUUGGUUGUGUGCAUGCAAGUGUGCCCUUGGACGCCCUGGCGUGCGUGUGUACACGUGUGCGCCUGUAUGCAUGCACCGGCGUGCACGCGUGUGCACACGUGCCCAGCCCCCUCCAAACCCCCGGUGCCCCUCCAGACGGGGCUCCUCUCAGCUAUCAGGGUAUGGCUCUGCUGGGCCCCCCUCCGGGGCCUCCCCUCCAGCACCUUGUAAGCACUUGGCCGGGCUGGGCCCCCAGGACCCAGGCGCCUCCAGGCCGAGGCCGAGGCCCACCGGGGAUUCAGUGGGGAGGGGGUUCCCGAGGAACCAAACUGACACUCGCUCGGGGGUUCCCGCUGCUUGAGGGCCCUCCCCGGGGCUCCUAGUGCCCGAGCCCCCUCAGCACGGAGCCCACCCCAAGCCUCCCGCCAUGAGACGGGGCGGGGUGGCCGGAUGGAUGCCCCCCAGCCUCACCGACCAGGCCAGGCCUGCUCUGGGCACCAGCCGGGGGCCCGGCCUCUGCCCUCUCAGGACGGCCUGGACUCGGGCGCGAGAGCCAGGUGAGGGUGGAGCCCGGCAGCCUCGGCCAGGUGCCAGGCAGGGGGGCUGCGGGCCCUGAGGCCCCAGGGAGGGCCCACCCCUCCCGGUCCGGCCCCUACACUACACACAACCCCAAUGGUGCUGAAGUCCUUGACCCGCCAUGCCCGGCCCUCCCGCCCAGGCCUCGGCCCGCCCAGAGGCAGCGGCCGUUCUUAUAACCUGUAUAGUUUUAUUGUACCAAGAGACUCUUCCCCGCCCCUGUAUCAUAUGCCUUUAAAUGGAGUCAACUUUUUAAUUAUAUAUAUAAAGAUAAAUAUAUAUAAAUAUAUAUAAAUAUAAACUUUUUAAAACUGUGAAAAAAUAGCUAUGAAAUUAUAAAAAAAAGCGAACACAUUCUGACGUGCAGAAUAUUUUUUAUUUCCUAUUAGAUUGUGAGUGUCUAGCACCCAGCUUCACGGGCCCCCCUCGUCCCGAGCACACCCCGCCCCCCCGCCCCCCCGGCCCAGGUGUACUGUACUCACCCCCAGAACGGAGAAGCAGUUAGGGAGAGCAGAGGCUGAGGAGGGGGACAGGGGGCCGGCCGGGCGCAGUGGCCCCGCUCCCCCGGCUCGGCCCCGAGAGCACUUACCAGCCCCCGCGCCUUCCAGGGGGGACGGAGGCCUCGUCCAGACAAUCUUAAGGGAAGGAAAAGCCAGACUUUGGUUUUGUUUUUUGGGGGAAUUACUGUUUUCCUUUUUUUUUUUUAAGUUUCUUUUGGAAUUUUGUUUG